GUUCUACAAUCAGCAAACUCUUCCCUGAAAGAACUGGAUGUCAGUAACAAUGACCUACAGGAUUCAGGAGUGGCCCUGCUCUCUACUGGACUGAUGAAUUCACAUUGUAACCUGGAGAUUCUCAGCUCUGAAAUCAAACCCCUCCCACAUGAGAGAACUGGAUCUGACUUAUAAUCACCCAGGAGAGUCUGGAGUAAAGAUACUCUCUGAUCUACUGGAGGAUCCACACUGCGCUUUGGACACACUCAAGGUGGAUCAUGGCGGGGAGAUCAGGAUGCAACGAGGACCGAAGAAAUAUGCUGUUCGUCUUACUCUGGAUCCAAACACAGCAUACAGACGUCUCUCUCUGUCUGAGGACAACCAAAUGGUGACAGCUGUGAGAGAGGAUCUGCCGUAUCCAGAUCAUCCAGACAGAUUUGAGCACAAUGCUCAGGUUCUGUGUGUGGAGAGUCUGAAUGGACGCUGUUACUGGGAGGUUCAGUGGAGCGGCGAGACAUCUGGUAUAUCAGUGUCAUACAGAGGAAUCAGGAGGAAAGGACUCUCCCUUGGAUGUGUUUUGGGAUAUGACAAUCACUCAUGGAGUCUGAUCUGCUCUAAUAACAGUUAUGCUAUCAGACACAAUUUUCAGGAAACUGACUUACCUGCCCCCUCCUCCCCCUCUGACAGAGUAGGUGUAUAUUUGGACCGGUGGUCCGGCACUCUGUCCUUCUACUCCAUCUCACCUGACACACACACACUGUCCCACUUACACUCAUUCACCACCACAUUCACUGAGCCGCUCUAUGCUGGGUUUAGUGUUUUUGGCUCGGUGCGUUUGUGUGAGAUAUAAUAAGCUCCUGAAUCCUGAAAACUGAAACACCACAAAAACACACUGCUAUAAAUGUCAAGGCUGACUUUAUGUAAUAUGUAAUAUUACAUAUAAUUAGACUUUAAUUCUCUUUAUCACCGUAGUAACAUAUCAAAUAGGUAUAAUUUUUAAUUAUACCUAUUUGUUAUUUUGCUCAAAUUAAGGACAAUCCAACACAUUUUGUUUGCUCAUUCGAAAGCCCAGUGCCAUUUCACCCCUUGCACGUUUUGCGCGUUCAUGUCUAGGGGUAGGGUUGUCCCGAUUGUUGUUGAGAUGAGGGGUGGGGUGAAGUGUUGGGGCUAUUUGGCCCUUCAAACUGAGAUUUUUCAGAGGCGCACUACAAACUGAGUGUUAUGAGAGAGAUGCCCUGUGAAUCAUCGGCAAGACGGCUGCACAGAGUAUUUCUCUGUUAAAAAUCCGCUGCACUGUAAGAACCAUUGUAAUAGCGUUUUAUUCAUGAUCAUUUCCUUCAUAACACGGAUAAAAUCUCCAGUAAUACUACUGGGUGAAAUUUCCGGUUCCACCUUAAAUGGUUUAAGUUCAGCUUAAUUUCACAGAAGAAUUCUUGGUGGUGAUAAUAAAUAAUUGCCCCCCUCUUUGAAGGCGCAUGUUGCCCUAAAUGUAUUUAAGCAGUGAGGAGCUGAACUUUCCCCUCCUCUCCUGUCACUGCAUACCAGCAGGGUCGCCUACAGAGCAGCGCUAGUAGCUGUUAAUGAAGUGAUGUAGUUUUUCAUUUGGUGACUCGUUUGAUUGAUUGAUGCAUAAAACAGAAGUUGUGAAAUGAAUUGCGAGCGCCCGUGCUUUUCAGUCUCCUUCGGGAUUUUUUCAGGCUAUUUUAUAUAUGAUUCACCUGCCCUGUCAUGUGACACACAAGUGAGAUCACCACGGCUGGAGGUGGCAUGUUGGAAAUGGCCGGAAAACCUCGUCUCGUCUGUUUACGUAAAAGUCGCUGAUGACAACUGAUGACGUAUCCGGUUCUUGAAGGGUCAUCCCAUUUCAUAGGGGGGAGAUUUCAACCACUACCCUGUAAUUCAAGUGAGGGUGAGGGUCACACUCGAAAACAAGGAGUAGGGGUAAAAAGAAGAAAUGGGAUUAGGCCUAAAUGUACUAAAUAAUUAUGGUGAAAGAGAAUUGUGUUAGGCCUACUCUUUAAUAGUGCAUGUUAUUCAUCUGUAAUUUGUUAGUCAUAUAUACCUGUUCAUUUUCUAUCAAUAUUUCAC